CCCUAUAUCAUAAAUCUUUGCCUUAGAGAGUUUUUAGCAUAUUAAAUUUCCCUUUUUCCUUCAAUAUUCAGUUAUAUAUAUAAUUAAUCCUCCAAAGUGAUAUUCAUGCAUUGAACUAAAAUCUUAAAAAUAAAAUUUACAAGAUUCAACACACAUAUUGAUGGAGGCCAUAAAGAAAUUAGGAACAGAGAAUGUUGUAGCAUCUGAAACCCAGUUGGAAAUACCCUUAUUAGAAGAUGAACAAAUUGUUGAAAAACCAAAGAAAACACCAGCACAAAAGGUCAUUAGAAAAACAUUCAAGAAAACAGCUAUUUUAGCCAAUCUUUUACCCUCAGGUUCUGUUCUUGCAUUCCAAAUUUUAUCACCAGUUAUAACACAUGAAGGCCAAUGUCAUUCCUCAAUUAGCCAUUCUAUGACAUUAGGCCUUUUAGCCUUUUGUGCAAUCUCUUGUUUUUUCCUUAAUUUUACGGACAGUUUUCGCGACGAAAGAGGGAAAGUUCGUUAUGGAUUUGCAACAUUCAGAGGUUUAUGGAUUAUUGAUGGCUCGAAUAUUACCAUUCCUCCUGAGGAAGCAACAAAAUAUAAGUUGAAAUUUUUGGAUGUGUUUCAUGCUUUGUUAUCUAUACUUGUUUUUGGCGCUGUCGCGGCGUUUGAUCAAAAUGUGAUCAAAUGUUUGUAUCCUUCUCCAUCACCAGAAACUCAAGAGAUUCUUGCAAUUUUGCCUAUGGCUGUUGGCGUAAUUUGCACACUGCUGUUUGUUGCAUUCCCUACUACUCGCCAUGGAAUUGGCUUCCCUCUUUCACGUCGUUAGGAAUACUCAUUUCUUUUCUCUUAUUCAAUUUAAUUCUCUUUAUGUACGAAAUUACAGACGACAUAUAGUGAAUGGAUGAGUCCCUUAACUUUGAAACAGCUCCCUUUCUACUUUCCUUCAUAGGGGAGGUAGGAAAAAAAAAAUUGGAUAAUCGCUGAUACAGGCCGAUCGGGAUCCCAGCAGUCAAAUCAUCCUCACCUCCUUCCGAUCAAAUAUAUUCUAAGAUGUGUAGAGGCAGGAGAAAGGAAGGAGGAAUUGAUGACCAGCUUUAGAUAGGUGAAUUUUUUUUUUUUUAAUUUUAAUGUUUAUGUAUCAAUUGUUUAAUGCUAUUAA